CGUCCAACAUGCUUCAUCGGCGGCCAUGUUGGAUAUCGACGAAGUACCGGUGUGGAUGUGACUACGAUUUUCUGCCUGAUUUUUGCCGAUUUUCGCCCGUUUUCCCUCGGAUUUGGCGGCGGGGAGAGUGAAUUUCUGAGGCGCAGGAGGACGCCGGAGCGAUGGGAGAGGACAGGGAGGAGAAGAAGCCCGAGAAAGAGCGGGAGGAGAAGAAGGAGCGAGGAGAGAAAGAUAAAGAUAGGAGUGACAAGGACAAAGAUCGAGACCGGGACAAGGAUAGAGACCGUAAAAAGCGUAGCAGAUCCAGAUCAAGGGAACGUCGCAAGCGCAAGUCAAGAUCCAGGUCCAGGGGUCGAUCAAGGUCCCGCUCACGUUCCAGAGACCGCCGCAAGUCUCGCCGCAAGAAGCCUUCGCUGUACUGGGACAAACCACCACCAGGCUUUGAACACAUCACACCAAUUCAGUACAAGGCUAUGCAAGCUGCUGGCCAGAUCCCUUCCAAUGUGACCGUACCCUUGAUUGCACCACCCAGUGCAGGGACAGUGCCAGUUCCUGUGCCUGCAUUGCCAGAAGUUGCUAGUGUACCUCAGACAGUGCCUGUGCCUGUAGUGGGCUCAACCAUCACUAGACAGGCUCGACGUCUGUAUGUAGGCAACAUUCCUUUUGGCGUAACUGAAGAGGAAAUGAUGGAAUUCUUCAACCAGCAGAUGCACCUAGCUGGUCUUGCCCAGGCUGCAGGGAACCCAGUCUUAGCCUGCCAGGUUAAUCUGGAUAAGAACUUUGCAUUCUUGGAGUUUCGAUCAAUUGAUGAAACUACCCAAGCGAUUGCUUUUGAUGGCAUUAAUUUUAAGGGUCAGAGUUUAAAAAUAAGACGACCUCAUGAUUAUCAGCCAAUGCCAGGCAUGUCAGAGCAUCCGACCCUCACCAUGCCAGGUACGACACAGAUCCCAGUUAUUGCAGGUGUGGUGUCAACAGUGGUCCCCGAUUCACCCCAUAAGAUCUUUAUUGGUGGUCUGCCUAAUUACCUUAAUGAAGACCAGGUUAAGGAGCUGCUAAUGUCUUUUGGACAACUGCGAGCAUUCAACCUGGUCAAGGAUUCGGCAACUGGAUUGUCCAAAGGCUAUGCAUUUUGUGAGUAUGUCGACGUCAGCCUGACAGACCAG